CUCGAGUGUAUGUGCCAAGUUGUUAAAGUGUCAAUAGCAUUGAAAAGUAAAACUGUUUUGCACUUUUGUUAGAAACUCCUCAAAUUUCUGGGUGAAAUGCACCGCAAAAAAGGCACGCUUCUUGCCUUACUGCUUCUGCUAGUGCAAGAGUCAAAAGCAACUUGUGUUGUCCAAAGUUGGUCUGAAUGUACUGUCACCUGCACGAGUUUGGACGGAAUUGGGUACUACUUGUGCGACAGAACUGUGAAAUUGUCCAUAGAGAAUACGACUAUCUCAAAAUUUAAAGAAACCACAAUUCCAAAAAGUAAAUCUUCACUGCAGCAACUCUCUCUAAGAAACUGCCAGCUGGAAGCAAUUGCCAACAAUGCCUUCGAAAGAAUGCAAGUAUUGCGACAACUGAAUUUGCAAGAGAACAAAAUCACGACCGCCGGAUUCCUAGACAACAAACUUCCAUUGCAAGUAUUAAAUUUGAACUUCAAUAACUUGAGGAGUAUUUCCGUAGAUGGAAAUUUACUCGGACAAUUGGAAGAGCUUUACGCGAGCAACAAUGAUCUUCAGAAGGUCAAAAUAUCCUCAAUGAGACUUCGAGUGUUAGAUCUUUCAAAUAACAAACUCCUCAGUGAUGGCAGCUUAAUUUUCACAAACGUAACGACGCAGCUGAACGUUCUCAAUUUAAGCUCUAAUCCCUUGACUACAUUGAGGUCGCACUCGUUCGUUUAUUUGAGAGGAUUGUCGCAGCUGUAUUUGAAAAACUGCAGUCUUCAAAGUGUAGAAUCUGAAGCAUUUCGUGGAAUGAGUAACUUGAACCUAUUAAUAUUGAGCGACAAUCAUCUAAGGGCGCUACCCCAGUAUGUUUUUGUGGAGUUACCUCGCCUUCGCGAGCUCCACCUUGACAAUAAUCAUCUGUACACGUUGCAGCAGGGCGAUUUUAAAGGACUUGCCGCGUUGAGGUUCCUAAAUUUGUCCAACAACCAAAUUGAAGCGCUUGACAAAGAUGUAUUUCAAGGGCUGGCAGGUUUGGACAAACUCAUUUUGGCUAAUUCCAAAUUGAAACGGGUCGGGGUCGGGGUGUUUCCCUCGACAAGUAAUUUAAAUUUGGUGAACAACAGUUUGGAGGUGUUGACAAUUGACGUUUUCAGCGCGGUAACUGGAACAAUCGAUUUGCAGUUUAAUCCGAUCAGAAGCCUCAGUGAGGGAACGGUUUCAAGUGCGUUAAAAGCAAUGUCUGUAGAUUUGGUGGGUGUCGAUUUUCAGUCAUUCAAAAGUGGUCUCAGUAGGUUUAGUGGGGUACGAUUUUUAAAUCUGUCCCAUACAAACUUAAGACAGAUCGCAUCUAACGAUUUCGCCAAUUUGGCGAAUUUAAACAACCUAAACCUGAGCCACAACAGUUUGUCAGUGAUUGUGGAAGAUUCCUUCCGUGGCCUGAGCGGUUUACGCAGUUUGUGGGUUCGGAAUAAUUCUAUCCAUGAAAUACGGGUUGGAGCAUUUAAUGGCUUGCAAAAUUUGAGGAUUUUGGAUUUGUCUCAAAACUUUAUUACACACUUGUCACAAGGAAUGCUUUCGGGUUUGCAGCGAUUGAACGCUUUAGUCCUUGCGCAGUCGCACAUAGUUAACAUUGAACCCCAAACAUUUCAAGCUUUAGCGCAGUUAGCAACCUUAGACCUUAGUCACAAUAAGUUAGUGGUCUUGAAAGCUAAUGCCUUCGUUGGAGCGACAGGGCUCAACAGCUUGAUUAUUACCAGAAACUUUAUCGAGGAAAUUGCGCCGGGUUCCUUUGCAGACCUGCAACAGUUAUCAUUUCUGGAUCUAUCCUUUAAUAAUCUAGAAGAUCUCGACUCGAAUAUGUUUAAAGGCUUAAAUCAGCUACAAAGCCUCAAGUUAAACGGAGUAUCCUCCCAAGGGCGCACGACGAUUAAAGCGGGAGCCUUUAGUAGUCUACCGUCGCUGGCAUCAAUAUACCUGCGCCAAAAUCAUUUCAAGCUUCUAGAAGGUGGUGCUUUCUCCAAACUGGACAAUUUGAAACAAGUUUACUUUGAUGGAACCACUGUUACGGCCAUUGGAAAGCUUCGCAUUCCAAGACAUCGGGCACAUCACAAAUUUGAACCUUUCAGCAACAACAGCUUUACUAAAAUUAAGGGUACUUACUUCAACAACCUUCCUGAACUGAGAACCGUUUAUUUACGCAAUAUUCAGCUGGGGGAGGUCGAAUUUGGCGCCUUCUCUCACUUGGACAAGCUCAAUUCCUUCGACUUUAAUGGAACUUCAAUUGAAACGAUCCAAGGCGAGGCCUUUACCGGAGUCAACUCGUACAGUUCCUUUAACUUGUCAGGCUUGAAUAUCAAGCACAUCCACCCUGACGCCUUCACCAAUAUCGCAGUCUGUUACGAAAUGAAUCUCAGCCACAACCUCUUAAAAGUCAUACAUAGAGGCACCUUCGGAAUAGACCAGCUUAACAAGUUGGACCUCAGCUUCAAUGAAAUUGAGGAACUAAAAGCUGACACGUUUGACGGUUUCGGUUUCCGUACGUUGGGCAGUCUAAGCUUAAAAGGCAACCGACUGCGCCAUCUUCCAUUUGGCGCGUUUUCAGAACGGUACGCUGAUGUACACGGAUGGCAAAAUCGUUUUGAACUACAACAAACUGAGGGUGUUGCACAAAGACACCUUUUUGGGCAUUCAGAAUUUGCAAAGCUCAACAUUGCCCACAACAAUCUGAACGAGAUUAAAUCGCAAGCUUUCAACGGGCUGGACUCCUUGAAAACGUUGGAUCUGUCAAACAACAUGUUACACACCUUGAAGUUGCAAUCGUUCGCAGGUUUAACGAAAGUGGAAAGUUUGGUAUUGGCAAGUAACGCUUUUAAAAGUUUUCAAUUUGGAACAUUUUCUCACACGUCCACCCUGACGUACCUUGACAUUUCGAAUAAUAACGUCGCCCACAUCGGCGAGGGCGUCUUCUACCCUCUACGAAACCUGGAGCGAUUAAACCUGGAAGGCAAUCGCAUGAGGCACUUCAACUACGACGUUUUCCUGAGCUACCACCCUCGCCUUUCGAAAUUCAAUUUGAAUCACAAUAUGUGGCGGGGAUGCAAUUGGCUGGCGGAGUUGCUAAAUGCAUUGAGGGUUCGAAAGGUAAAUUAUUCUGAAAGAUCCCGUGAUUACGCUAGUCUAAAUGUAGAUGGUAUUACCUGUUACGAGGGAUAGGGUAAGUUUCCUUCCCGAGAAGAGAAGAUGAACAACCCUAUG